CAAGCUUUUGUUUAUAAUUGAUUGGAAAACAUGAACUUUUUGCUCCUCACUUUAUAUUCUUUAUCCCUUUUCAAAAAUAUAAUAUCACUUGAAAAAGACCAGAAUUGCGACAGGGAGAAUUGUGAAGACGACAGAGUAAACCACGAGAAAGAAAAAUACAAGCUUAAAGCAUCAUGGAAAGGUUACCUUGACAACAUCAACAGUGCUGUUGCUAAGUUCCAUGAUUGCUCCAACAAAAAGUGUGGUUGCUAUAGCAAUGUCAUUGACCAAGAUUUACAGCUAUGGAGGGAUAGAGGCGGCAUCACUAAACACGAUUUUACAGCUGCUUCAGGGAAAGGAACUCAUUAUCAAAUUAUCAAUCAUAAAUUAUAUAGACAAGAAGACUGUAUGUUUCUAUUUAGAUGCAAAGGUGUAGAACACUUCAUAUUAGAAAUAAUUGACAAACUCCCAAAUAUGGAGAUGAUUAUCAAUGUUAGAGACUGGCCUCAGGUGCCUGUCUGGGGAGAGCCUUUACCAGUCUUCUCUUUUAGCAAGACUAGUAAUGAGAGAGAUAUCAUGUACCCUGCCUGGACAUUCUGGGAAGGAGGGCCUGCUGUCUGGCCAAUAUAUCCAACUGGUCUUGGACGCUGGGACCUGAUGAGAGAUGCUUUGAUCAAGAAAUCCCAGGAAUUUCCAUGGGAAAAGAAAGCACCGAUAGCUUUCUUUAGAGGAUCCAGAACAAGCCAUGAAAGAGAUCCUCUUGUUUUGUUGUCACGCUCAAAUCCAGAACUAGCUGAUGCGAAGUACACCAAGAAUCAAGCAUGGAAAUCUGAUAAAGAUACUCUUUAUGCCGAACCUGCUAAAGAAGUGCCUCUAGAGGACCACUGUCAAUUUAGAUACUUGUUUAACUUCCGAGGUGUUGCUGCUAGUUUCCGAUUCAAGCAUCUGUUCCUGUGCAAGUCGUUGGUAUUUCAUGUUGGCGAAGAGUGGUUGGAGUUUUUCUACCCUGCUCUUAAACCCUGGGUGCACUAUAUCCCUGUAAAGACGGACCUGUCUGAUGCUAGAGAUUUGAUCGAAUUUGCUAAUGCAAACGAUGAAGUUGCGCAAGGCAUAGCAUCAAGAGGAUAUGAUUUCAUCAAAGAUCAUCUAAGAAUGCAAGAUAUACGAUGCUAUUGGAAGAAACUGCUCAAAAAUUAUGCUAAACUACUCAAAUGGAAACCAGUUAGGAAUAACAAGCUAAUUCAAAUUCAUCCAGAAAAGAAAUCGAGUUGACAAAGCGCAUCACGAAUUGAAUAAAAAAAAUUCUUUCGAGUAGACGCAAGCGAUUGCUGGUUUUUAUCAUUCACAUGAGAUUCAAACAACAAAGGAACGUCGGCCAUGUUGGAGGUUUGAACAAAAUAUACUAAUGAGAAAUCCUUGGGUGAAGUACCUCCAAGAUGGCCGCUGUGAGGUAACCUGAAAACCAGCAAUAGCAGUGUGCCUUAGCAGUCCUCGUCCCUAAUAUCUAUAGAUAUUAGGGGGCCACUCAUAUUCCUGACAUUUUUAAAAGUAAAAGUGCAUUUCCAUUGAAUAUGAUACAGCUAAAAGCUUGCUAUCACAAUAGAAUUUUUAAAUACCUUUAAAAGAAAUUGUUGCUGUUGUUGU